UGUUUCGAAAUUGGAGAUGAAUGCUUCAGCUCCUACUUCUGGAGCAGGUAAAAGACCACCACCAUAUCCACACAAAGCUGAUAAGAAUCCUCUUCAAUCUUCAGUUGAACUCGUCAAAGACAAGAAUGGAAUAUCCCAACUCAUUCUCCGAAAUAAUGAUGCUUCUGCAACUGUUAGUUUAUUAGGAGCUCAAGUGAUUUCUUGGAAAACAAAACGAACUGGAGAGUUACUCUUCUUAAGCAAGAAAGCCAUCUUUAAUCCUCCCACAGCUGUGAGAGGAGGAAUUCCAAUCUGUUUUCCAGAGUUCAAAAACAAUGAAACACGGGAGGAUCAUGGAUUUGUCAGAAACAGGAUCUGGGUUAUCGAAGAAAAUCCUCCACACCUUUCAGGUGAUUUCAGUGCAAAAGUGUACGUUGAUUUGUUCUUAAAACCAUCUAAAGAAGAUGCAAAAAUAUGGCCACAUAGCUUCGAGUUUCGCCUAAGGAUUUCUUUGACAGCACUGGGCAUCCUGAGUUUGACAUCACGCAUCAGAAAUGUAGAUUGCAAGAAUUUCAGUUUCCGCAUCGUCUAUCAUACAUAUUUGUCAGUGUCAGAUAUUUGUGAGGUGAGGAUAGAAGGGUUGGAAACGCAAUACUAUCUCGAUAACCUAUUGCAGAAACAACGAUUUACAGAACAAGGAGCUUCUUUGACAUUUGAAUCAGAAGUUGACAGGGUUUAUACCGAUUCUAACAAUGUGUUAGCUGUUCGGGAUCAUUACAAGAAGAGAACAGUUAUAAUAAGAAAGGAUGGACUUCCUGAUACGGUUGUUUGGAAUCCUUGGGACAAAAAGUCGAAGUUCAUAGCAGAUUUAGGAGAUAAAGAGUAUCAGGAAAUGCUCUGUGUUGAUGGUGCAGCACUUGAAAACCCAAUCACCCUGAAGCCGGGUGAAGAAUGGAAAGGCGACUUAGAACUCUCAAUUCUUCUAAUAUCUUGA